GCCGCCCUGCUCUCCGGUGCGGAGGCGCUGAUGCGCCACCCCCGCAUGGACGAGAAGCUGUUCGAGAGCCGCAUCAUGGACAGCACAAUUGAAGGCUUCGCCGACCGCAUGCAGAACUCUUCCGACCGCGCCGUGAGCCAGAAGGCGAUCAACCUGAUGACAAGUUGGUACUCGCUCAUCAAACAGGUGGUGCAGACGUCGCCGGCCGGCGGCGAGAACGCGGGCGGGCAGCAGCCCCCCGCGAGGCCGACGGGCUUCGAGUCGCCGUCGAAGCGGCGGCCAUCGGGUAUAUGCGACGAGAACAUGUUCUCGCCGCCCAACAGGCUCCGGACGCCUCAGCGCACCCCCGGGAGCAGGCCGCCUUCCGCGGCGGGCACGCCGGCGCGUCUCGGCGGCUGCUGA